GAUCGUUGCUCAAACAAUCUAAUUGACUUGCCAAGAGGCCUUUCGCUUUCUGCGGACGUCGCCGGAAUGCAGCCGCCGCGGACGUCACGUGCUGAGAAGACGGGUGCAUUCCGAGUACGCACACCUCCGCGAACGCGUCCGCAACCAAGUACUCCCAGCCCCGGCACCUUCCAAACCUGCGAUGUCAUCCUCCGUAGAUCUGAGCGUGAUCCCCCUCGCUUACCGACUAUUCUUCCUGUACAUCGAGCCCCUCUCCGCGAUCGUAGGGGCCAUCUAUGCUGGCGGGCUCCCCGCGCAGUACCUGGCCUACCUCACGUCCUCUCCCACCGCCGCAGCGCUUACCCGCAUAGCGACCCCGCACACCGCGACGCUUAUCUCGCUCUAUCAGCUCUCCAACCUCUACCUGCUCUUCGCACUCAACGAGCACUUCGUCCUGAAGUCGACCUCGUCGGUCCGCACAUGGCGGGCACUGCUCUUUGGGCUGCUUACAGCGGACUUUGGGCACCUCGCGACGAUGAUCCCGUUGGCGCAGGAGAAGGGGUGGGCAGAGGUCUUUCUGAGAUUCUGGGCGUGGAACGCGAUGGAAUGGGGGAGUGUCGGGUUCGUAUAUGCGGGCGCGUCGAUGAGAACGUCGUUCCUGCUUGGACUUGGAUUUGGCAAGGGCGCCAAGCUCUCCAAGAAGGACUGAGCGAGUCUGUACUUGGACUUCCGAACCUUGGUGAAUGUACUGCCAUGUCUGUACGCUCGCAUUUGUACCAUAGCUUUCCUAUACGACGUUAUGCUGCACACUUCCGACGUCCC